AUGGCGGACGACGCUAAAGUUGUGGCAUCGAUGAAGUGUGCCGUUUGUGAGUCGAUCUCCGCCCUUAAAAGGUGUUCGCGAUGUAAACAGGUCGUCUACUGUAGCAGAGAACACCAAUUGAAGGACUGGUCGAAGCAUAAACUAUCAUGUCACGUUACAAAGUCAACGAGUGGCGGCAGCCAAGAAGAGACUAGCGUCCCAUCAGACCCUGUAGUUUGUCAACAAUCGUCGGGACGUGCCAUUGGAAUUACCUCAAACGACGUUACAGAAUCAAACAUUGGUCUUUGCGAAAUGAAUGAGAACGACAUCAACGAUAGUUCUACAAAAGUCGAAGACAAGUGUGCCUUCGAGGCGGAAAGGUCUGUUGCAGAUAAUCAAUUAUACGCUCACAGAAACUUGAACAAUAGUGAUACGAAAACAAAUGUGGAAUUAAAAGCUGAAUGUAACCAACCUAGUGAUAGCGCUGAUGAGGAUGGUAAUUCAGUGGAUUAUACACCUUUUGAUAAAACACCAUUCACUAAAAGACACUUUGAUAAACCUAAAUCCCAGAAGAACAAGGAUAUAGCCAGAUUUGUUGUGGAUGAACUGAAAAAGAGAAACUUUUGUGUGGUUGAUUCACUGUUCGAAGAUGAACAUGUUAAUCGAAUAUUAGCAGAAAUAAAAAGUCUUGAUGCUAAGUUACUGUUAAAGACUGGAAAAUUAGCUGGAGGUCGAACCAGUGAUGACAAUAACCAGAAGGUAUUAAAAUCUGAGAUUCGGAGUGAUCGGAUGGCAUGGGUUGAUCGAAACCAGGAGGAUAUCCCUAAUAUCGGCCGAGCAGUGGAGCGCCUUGAUUCUAUCCUCACUGACCUCAACCCGCUCCUUAAGGGACAAGAUUGCUUCAUCAAUAGCCGUACCAAGGUAAUGGUGACGUGCUACCCGGGAGAAGGGACAUGUUACAGACGGCAUGUGGAUAACCCGACAAAGGACGGGCGUCGAAUAACGUGUAUCCUGUACCUCAACCGGAACUGGAAUGUUCAGACUGACGGAGGACUUUUGAGGAUAUUUCCCCGCGGAAGUGAAGACCACGUGGACAUUCCACCAGUGUUUAACCGAUUGUUGUUUUUCUGGUCUGAUGGCCGGAAUCCACACGAGGUUCAACCUGCCUACAGAACUAGGUAUGCCAUGACUGUUUGGUAUUUUGAUGAGAUGGAGCGCAGCAAAGCAAAGGAAGAGCACUGUCACUUAGAGGCAAUGCGAAUCCGCGGUGAUAUUGCUCUGUUAGAAAAGGAAAAAUAUACAAAGGAAAAGGCACGCAUCCAGCAAGAAAUAGACAGUCAGGCCGUUAAGGCAGUGGCAUCUCUCUCAAAACAGGAACUUCAGGCAAUAGCGGCUUUGACACGUGACCAUCCUAAUCCGCGGGAGGUUUUAAGUCAAAUGGGUAUAGCUGUCAGUAUCCAAGAUGCCCUCAUAAAGGCCUUAGAAACUUUAUGA